AUGUCUUCCAAAGCAAGAUACUACUUGGAGCAGGCUAUUCCAGAGGUCGAUGACCUUAUUAACAAGGGCCUGUUCACCAAGAACGAGGUCAGCACCAUCAUGAAGAAAAGAACCGACUUCGAGCACAGGUUGAAUUCAAGAGGAUCCAGGAUCAAAGACUAUGAGAAGUAUAUUGAGUAUGAAUCAGCCUUGGAAAAGCUUCGUCAAAAAAGGGUUAAAAGAAUACUUGAAGGCGUGAAAACCAAUAGUGUAUCAGACUGGUCCAUCGAGCAGAGAAUACAGUUCAUCUUUCAACGUGGCUGCAACAAGUUCCCAAAAGACUUGAAAUUUUGGUCUCUAUACCUGAAUCACCUUAAAUCAAGAGGGCACAAAACAUCCUACCGUAAGAUACACAAUGUUUACAACCAACUCUUAAAGCUACAUCCAACCAACAUUGAUAUCUGGGUCAGUUGUGCGAAAUACGAAUACGAGGUUCACGCAAACUUUAAGAGCUGUAGAACAGUCUUCCAAACGGGGCUUAGAUUCAAUCCUGACUCGCCACAACUAUGGCACGAGUACGUCAAGUUCGAGCUCAACUUCAUCACGAAGCUCAUUAACAGACGCCGCGUUUUGGGUCUUAUUAACGAGCGGGAACAGGAACUUGAUAUGCAAGCACAGCAGCAAGAAGCAAGAGCCCAAGCUGAAUCGGACUCGGAAGAGGGGACUGAAAGCACUGGAAUUUCCACGGGAGACGCUAUGAAGGACAAGCUCAACGAACUCCCAGAAGCCGACAUGGAUAUGUUGGGCAAUGAAGACACCAAUCCAGCAUUACGCGGAGACAUAGCCCUAACUAUUUUCGAUCUCGCAAUGAAGAGCUUGGGCAAAAGCUUUCUCGAGAGACACAAAGGUUACUAUGCGGUCAUCGAUUCCAAGCCUGAUGCCGACCUUAACGCGGCUGCGGUGAAAUACCUCUUUGAUAUUUCUAUGAGCUACAUUGCAUUAUUCCACGAGUUCCCUGACCUUCAAAGGGACUACUUAACUAACCACGUUUUGCAGUACUGGAAGAGUAACCCCUACGAUGUUCAGCUUGAUAAAGCGAUGCCAGACCUGUACGUGAAGCUCCUAACCCUCGAAAUAACAUUGAAUCUCAGAUAUACUGAUAUCGAAAAACUGGACGUUGACCAAUUGCAGCUUUCUGUAAACAAGUUCGUCGCCUACAAGAGCAAGGUGUCUGAGGACUUGCGUCGUCAACUGACCUUGUCGUUUGUUUCAUAUCUUCAGGAACGGAUUCUUUCGAGAAUGGACAAAGACGAGGACCCAAGGUACAAGAUAUUAAAUGCUAUUAUUAAAAAGUUGUAA